AGGAAACCAAGAUUGACAGCGUCGACAUUUGGAGAAAUUUUAAGUCGAAAAUCGAUUACCAGCCCUUUUCUGAAAGGCCUUGUUAGCGAUCAAAAUGCGCCUGUCGACUCAAGAAAUGUAACAGCCCUCCUAAAACAUGGCAUUGAAAAUGAAAUCAGGGCCCUGAAACAGUAUGAGAACUACCUUGUAAACAGUGGAUAUCCCGUAACGACCUUUCCAUCAGGCUUUGUUGUAAACCCUGCCUUCCCCUUCCUCGGUUGCUCACCUGAUGGGAAGGUUAUUGACGUAACAGAGAAUCGCCCAUACGGGAUCGUUGAAAUUAAAUAUGUCCGUACAAACACAAGAAUGUCACUACUGAGACAGCAUGUGCCGGUGACAGUCGAUUUCAUCGUGAAGAAAAGGAUGACUUUCCAUCGCUUAAGACGACGUACAAAUAGUAUUAUCAGGUUUAGGGGCAAAUGGGAAUUACAGGGCCAAGUGGUGUGACUUUGUCACUUACACACUCAAGGGGAUGGUCAUUGAACGUAUUUAUUUUGAUCCUGAAUUUUUUGCUUCUAUGCUGUUGAAAUUGGAACAAUUUUUCUUUAAGCACUAUGCUGCAACU